AUGCGUCUCUUCGGCGGAAAGAACAACAAGAUCAAGGUCGACCCUCCCAAGAUCAGGAUCGAAAAGGUUGUCGUCGACCGACCUGCCCAGAAACCUAAGCUCAAACCCACUUCCGCACUCAGCGGCUCAGCAUCGCGCUCCUCCUCCGCUCACCGUCCCUCGCCGAAACCACUGGCACGACAGGCUAGUCACUCGCCGUACCCCUCAUCUUCCGACGAGAAGCGACUCGAGCGUAAGCGCAAGGCACCGUCCGUCACCCGUCGAUCACCGGCUAGCGACCGUAUCGAGUUCGACAAAGACAGUGACGGCGAAGACGACGGAUGGAUGACUCUUGAUACCAAGAGACAACGCAAAGGCACGGAAGAUGGCAGCUUUGUUGACCCUAACCGCAAACUGAGAAGCGUAAGAGCCUUUGAGGAUCGGAUGGACAGUCGAAGCUUCAUUCAUGCCGUGGAUGUGGCUUCGCUUGAACACAAGUGCGUGCCUGUGAUGGGCGCCCAGAAGGAGGAUGUGGCUAUCCGACUACAAUAUCCCAGCUUGCAACCUCGAGAGAAGUAUGAGCUAGUAUGGGGAAAAGACAAGAUCGAUGCCGUCGAAGCCAGCAUCAAGGUGGUUCGCCAUGUAGCCGAAACAUACCUCACCGAAGAGGAAGCAGAGCCUUUCACAAAUCCCAAUGGUGGUAUCAUUCGAAGACUGGAAAAGGCCUCCAACCGGAACAUCCAGGAUUUGAUGGGUUUCAAGGCAGCUCUGCGUGAAUACAACGAAAAGCUUCGUGCUCUAGUUGAGGACGGUGUAAUUGCCAAGAACCUCGAUAAAAUGCAUGAGCUCCCCCAACACCUUGUGGCUUUCAUUCUUGAUCAGAUUUAUGACCGAACAGUGGCUCUCAAGGUGGAACUUCUUUCGAAGUAUGAGAACGGUACCGACUAUGUCUAUGGCGAGCUCCUCCACCCCUUCAUUUCUAAGAUUUUGGUAGAGCAGACACGAAUGACCUCUGGUCAGGUCUUCGUUGAUCUAGGCUCAGGUGUUGGCAAUGUGGUUUUGCAAGCGGCUCUCGAGAUUGGUUGUGAGAGUUGGGGUUGCGAGAUGAUGGAGAAUGCGUGCAAUCUUGCUGAGGAGCAAAAGAAGGAGUUUGAUGCCCGAUGCAUGCUCUGGGGAGUUCGACCAGGCAAGGUUCACCUGGAACGAGGCGAUUUCCGCAAGAAUUUGCCCAUCCAUGAGGCCCUCAAGCGUGCAGAUGUUGUGCUUGUGAACAACAAGGCCUUCACCUCGCAGCUGAACGAUGACUUGGUCCGUAUGUUCCUGGAUCUCAAAUCGGGCUGUAAGAUUGUGUCGCUCAAAUCGUUUGUUGCGGAAAAGAGCAACAACCACAACAUCAACGACGUUGGCAGCACCAUCCUGGAGGUGGAAGAGUGCACAUACCCUGAGGGUUAUGUGAGUUGGACUAAUGCAGGAGGAUCGUACUUCAUUUCGACGCUGGCAGAGAUUAUGGUGUUGGAGAAAUAG